CCAGGGCCCCACAUGCCAUAGUCUGGUCCUGAACAGAUGGUGACGGAGAGACAUGCAGUGUCAAAACCAGUGGGCUGUAGAUGACAAACGGUUGUUCUCAAGCAUUCAAAGAAGAGGUUAUUUUACAACUAACUAUAGAUAUAUUUUCUCACAGCUCACGGGGAAAGAUGUAUGUGUACAUUUGCAAUAAUAAUGGUUCGACAAAAGUUACCUACAAUUAUAUCAACUUAUUUCAAAGGAGUAUGAGGUCGCAACAAGCAGCACAGAGAAGACGCUUGCACGGAAAGCGAGCAAGGAAUGAGACAGUGUGAAGUCAACGAAGGAUACAUAGCCUAGAUACCAGAUCCUGAACGGGUUUGAUACAAGCACACGUGUGGAUAUAACCCGGAGAGGAAUCGACGGGAAUUAUUGAUCACGGCGCCAAAUGUUCCAAGCAACUUUUGAGCGUCAACAUAACCGCGCAUUUGGAAAGCAAAUAGCACUGGUAAGACGCAUCAAAUUGGUUAAAAGUUCAGGUAAUUUUUAGACAAUGUUGGAUUAAGUAUAAUAUAUAUUGAUUUAGGAAUUAUAUUGAUUAUAUUUAUGGACCAAAUGCGAGGGUACUGAAAACGUGUCCAGGACGCUAAGGGCUUCUAAAGAUCAAAGGAGAGACCGACCACAGCAUCUCAACAUCAGCGGACAUUGUCCCAACGUGGAGGAAACAUGCAGAAGAUGCGCAGGCAGGUUCAGCUACUGUGUGUUGUCCUCCUGGUGACCAUCCAGGUGUCAGUCAAGAGCUUCCCCACCAACAGUCAAAAAAGCGCAGCCCCCAACGGCAGGAGCACUUCGACCACGGAGGCAAUAUCUCAGGCCAGCCCGGGUGGCGAUGUGGGUGAGACUCUGGAGGACCUCCAGCAGCAGAACCAGCUGCAAAGCCUGGCGUCCUCCACCCAGCCCUCCCAGAGACCCCGAUGCCGGAGCUGGUCCCACGUGGUUCUGCCCAAACUAGAACCAGAGGAGGAACCAGAACCGUUCAUCCUGGACCUCAGGAACUUCCCUGAGUUGGCCAAUGCAGACCUGGGAUCUCACAGCCCUAAUAUACAGGUGACCAUUGAGGUGGUUGAGGACCCCCAGACGGAAACAGAGAUGGAGAUGGACCUGGCCAAGGAGGGGGGUGAUGGGGGCCGCAACGACUGGUCCCUGUCCUCAAAGGAGUGGCUCGGCCACAAGAAGCUGUUCUUGGCUCUGUUCUGGGAGUACCCGGACCAAGCUGAGACUGAGAGUGGGCAAGGUGGCAGGGCCAGCCCGGAAGAACAGGAACAGGAGCAGCCCACAGAGGACUACAACUAUGACCCUGAGGAACAGGAACCUGAGCUUAGUGGGACCAGAGGGACUGGGGUGGAGACCGGGGGGACUGGGGCUGGGGUGGAGACCGGCGGGACUGGGGUGGAGACCGGGGGGACUGGGGUGGAGACUGGGGGGACUGGGGUGGAGACCGGGGGGACUGGGGCUGGGGUGGGGGUGAAGACCGGAGGGGCUGGGACCGGGGUGGGGGUGAAGACCGGGGGGACUGGGGCUGGGGUGGAGACUGGGGGGACUGGGGUGGAGACUGGGGGAACUGGGGUGGAGACCGGGAGGACUGCAACAGGGACAUGGGUGGAGACUGGGGGGACUAGGACAGGGGCUAGGGUGAAGACCGGGGGGGCUGGGACCGGGGUGGGGGUGAAGACCGGAGGUGCUGGGUCCGGGGUGGGGGUGAAGACCGGAGGGGCUGGGACCGGGGUGGGGGUGAAGACCGGAGGGGCUGGGACCGGGGUGGGGGUGAAGACCGGAGGGGCUGGGACCGGGGUGGGGGUGAAGACCGGAGGGGCUGGGUCCGGGGUGGGGGUGAAGACCGGAGGGGCUGGGACAGGGGCUGGGGUGAAGACCGGAGGGGCUGGGACCGGGGUGGGGGUGAAGACCGGAGGGGCUGGGACCGGGGUGGGGGUGAAGACCGGAGGGGCUGGGACAGGGGCUGGGGUGAAGACCGGAGGGGCUGGGACCGGGGUGGGGGUGAAGACCGGAGGUGCUGGGUCCGGGGUGGGGGUGAAGACCGGAGGGGCUGGGACCGGGGUGGGGGUAGAGGGAGACUGGGGGAGCCACUGGAGAAACAACAAAGGAUGGGACUCCAAGGAAAACUAUGAGUACGAGGAGGAGGAGUGGAGUGACUGGUCGCCAUGCAGCGUCACCUGCGGCAAUGGCAACCAGAAGCGUAUUCGUUCCUGUGGUUACGCAUGCACAGCGACCGAGUCCCGGACCUGCGACCUGGACAGAUGCCCAGAUGACCUCCUAGCAGUUACUGAGCUGAUGCCUCUGGAGAAAACCAAUGGCACUGACUCCCUUGACACAAAUGUGGACAGCUGUGACAAGUGGCUGAGCUGUAAGAACGACUUCCUCCAGAAGUACCUCCAUAAGGUGCUGACCGAACUACCCAGCUGCCCCUGCUCCUACCCGUCCGAGGCCGUCUACAACGCCGUCCACAUCUUCGACAAGACGCUGCGUAAGACCUACCGCUGGCGCGACGCCUCCGGCCCCAGAGAACGCCUGGACAUUUACAAGCCUUCCGCUCGCUUCUGCACGCGCUCCAUGAUCUCCUCCAAUAGCACCACCCUGGCCGCGCAGCACUGUUGCUACGACGACCACACGAAGCUUAUCACGCGGGGUAAAGGGGCGGGCGCUCCGAACCUCAUCAGUACGGAGUUCUCGCCGGAGCUGCAUUACAAAGUGGACGUGCUGCCCUGGAUCCUGUGUAACGGGGACUGGAGCCGCUUCCACUCGGUGAGGCCACCCAACAACGGGCUGCUGUGUCCCGACAACCCACACGAGGAGGUGCAUCAGGCUCAACUGGAGGAGGCCAGGGAGUACUGAUGGGGAGGAGAACUAAGAAGUUGAUGGGGGAAGAGCUGGAAAGAGGGGGUAGAGAGAGCCACAUGGUCCCCAAUUAUGUCUGGAUUUCAGCAUAGACCACAUACUGAAUAUGUAGCGUUAACUAUCAGUUGGUUUGGGGAGAAAAGGACUCCUGGAUGUCCCAUCUCUAGCUCCUCCUUAUUCAGUGUUCGGUCACAUUGAGGCACGGAGUUUAUUAAUGAAUGAAAUUGGACAUUUCUCCAAUCAGGGAAGCCGGCAACCAGCCAUCCAAAAUGGAGUGAAGUUGAGCUCCUCUCUUGCAGUGGAGUACUCUGACGUGGGAAAACGAUGUGAACGCCCGUCUUAGUGCUGUGUUAUUAGGACAUCUUCACCAUCAAGCACUUCACUCCUUAAAUAAUUAUAACGUGCUGCUGAUAUAUUGCUUGUGAAAGUCCAGAUUUUGGAGUUUCUGAGGCUUAAUACACUCUUCAAUCAGAAGAAACAACACUGGUUUGUGAACGUUAGGAACAGUUGGAGAGGAUGACAUGGUUCUAGUUAUCCUCUUACCACCAAGCCCCCCACCCUCCACUUUUAUUUUACAGGGGGAUGGGUACAGGGGGAUGGGUACAGGGGGAUGGGUACAGGAGGAUGGGUACA